AUGCCGUGCUAUAAUCCAGGAAGCGGCGAAGUACAAAUUUCGCCGACUUUUCUGUCUUCAGAUCUCCUCACCCCAGGAGUACAUAGAAGAAUUACUUUUUCUUCUUUGGGGUAAGUUAAUUAUAGUCCAGAAUGUCGUGGAAAUCCCAAAUGCAUUCGAUCGAACGCGCAAACGCGUGCGCAUCAUUUUGUUACUUACUGUUAACUGACCAUGUUCAAUCAAAAAAAAAAAACCCGAAUAACGAGCUAGGAUCACAUCUGAAUUUGCCUGCUUUAUCCGUAGUUUACUUGAAUGAUUUUUUUUCAUACUUCGCAGUAAUUAACCUUCCGACUGUUAAUAGAAUUGUCAAUGAAUGUGUAGCCUACCUAAUACGUCAGGGAGGCUAAAACUGAGUAAGUCAAUUUUCAAGAAUAUGGUUUCCUCUUUUCUAUGAAAAGAAGUAAUUGGAUAGUUUUAGAACUGUUUCAGUGGAAUAUUUUAUUCAAUUUUUAUUCAUUUAAUUUUACUCUUCUUUGUAAUAUAGCUGUUUUUUUUAUUAUAUCGGGAGCAUCCCUAGUAUGGCGCGUAGGCGCUUUUGGAUGUUUCCCCUCUACAGGUUAAUGUUGUAUUUUGUUAAAAUUAUUCGCGCAUAGAGUGAAUGUUAAUAUAAAGAUCUAGCAAGAGCUAAAAGCGAAGCUCUCGUUUAUGCAUUUUAAAUUUACUUCAUACAAUGGACUUUAAAUCAUUGCAAAGAAAUGUUUAAAUCUAUAUAAUUAAGGAAGAACCAUAUGACUGAAAAACAUAAACUUAAGCCUGCGAUCAAUAAAUCAUUUGGUUAUCAGGGUAUAAUUCAGUUUCUUUUCAGUCUUAUGGAUUACGCCAUUCGGUGAUUGCACCCGUCCCCAACACCAAGAAACUACCCCCACCUACCCCUCCCCUAAGCCAACAUUAACACUGCCUUGAAUGCAAGGCUGCCACUACGGCAAAGAGCUGAUUUAUUAUAGGCCAAUAUUUCGGCUAACAAAAUUAGCCUUCCUCAGGGCCAGAGCCAGAAGAGAGAAAAAAUCUUUUAACGGUUUCUAAAAUUGAAAUUUAAGAUUUACAUAAGUGGUUAAUAAUUAACUAAAAUUAUAAAUACUAGGUAGAAUAAUAUACAGGUAAAUGAUUAUCCAAUAAAAAUAGAAAUAGAAACAGUUCAAUGUUCAUUCCUUCGGUUCAGACCGUCUGAUGACAGGGUUUUACCUCUCUCUAUGAGGUACGCUUCUCUUGCCUUACGGAGUGACAUGCUGAGAGUGGGUUGUAAUUCCACCAGAAUAAGUUCCAUGUCUGCGAUAGAGUGGCCAGGUUGAUUUAAGUGGAAAGGGACUGCUGCUGUGGCGUCGUCUGCGCGGAGUGGAUUGUUUUUUUGCCGGUCUACUUUCUUUAAAUCGUUCACGAAGUGAGCAUGUUGGCUUAGGGGAGGAGUAGGUAUGCAGUUUCCCAGAAACGUAUAAUGAUCCAAAACGACUAAUACUCACGCUAGUGAUCGGAUAGGUUCAAUGCAAUUUAUUUGUAAUCCGGUUCAAGGCAAAAUUUAUCCAUUUUCCUUUUAAGGUGUCCAAUCACGUCAUGGAAAAUACAUCUCUGAUGGUGUUUUGUUUUUAUAGGGUUUUUCGAAGGCCAAAUAAUGCAACAAGUUGGGGGACAGAGGACACCAAAUAUGGAGGCAUAAGGAGACUUGCGGUCUUAUCCCAGGCCCCUGCUGUCGUAAAAGACAUCGUAAAAUGUCGCACUCACAGGCAUUACUCCAGUGGGGUGAAUAACUAGUAAGUGAAAUAUGUUAGUUAUGUGUUUCAUUUUUCACAUUCCAAAGGGUAAUCUCAUUCCCAGAUCUCACUCUGACGCUAAAAGAUGAGAGACCUAGCCUCGAGAAUUGGGUAAAUGAUUCAGAUAACUUUGGCCUUAAAUCCACAGUUAAUGUACCCUGCGAGCAGUGCUUUCUCAAGGCUCGACACUACGCUUCCCGUGGGAAAGAAACCACUGCGAGCAACCGUUUGCUUUUCCCUCGAGCAUGCGCGUCCACGUGAUGACUACGAAUAUCCAUCGACAAGACGGCAACGAGAACUUCAACAAAACGAUAGGUUUAAUAAGAAAAACAACAACUUUGCACGUGCAUCACGCUUUUAUUUUUGCAUUUCUUUGCCAUUUUUACACGACUACGACGUGAAGAUGCCUAAUUUUGCUUUUUAUGGAUAACGUAAACAAGCAACGACGAAAUUUAUUUUUCUUUUCGCUCUUGAACUUGAAUAUGGUCCCUUGGAAUUCAACUCCAUUUGGGUUUUGCCUACAUUUGACAAAGUAAGUAGAUAGGAAUAAAUAAUCCAAAGAAACACUGAAUAUCCACAGCAGGCUCGCAUUAAAGCAGCAAUUGUAAGCGUAAGCAAAUGCGCGAGAGCCUAAACUUGCUUUCAAACAUCCAUAGCGCUGGACGGCGUUUCCAUCAAAGAAGCAGACGGAUGCUCGCAGUGGUUUCUCUCCCUUCGUAGCGUAGCGUCCGGCCUGGAGAAACCACUGCUUGCUACAAACAACAGACAGUUUAGGCUGACAUGUUUUCAAAAACCAUUUGCAAUCCGUUUCAAUCUUCUUCAGGAUUGUCCAUCCGGGCUUGCUUUUGCAGUUGCCGUGUUAUUUACACCUUCUUUUGUCGUUUUGAGCGGUGGUUUCACUCAAUUUUUCGCAGUUCCUACUGUUAGGAUUUUGAAAAAUGUCGUGACAUACCUCCUUUAAGUAUGCGCACAGCCGUGAACAGCUGCUUCGGCCUCAUUCUCGACCCCAUGCAGAGCUCUUCUCUAUUGCGCAUCAGAUUCACGUGGAGUCAAAAGCGUGAGCUCUGGGCUCAAGACUGAUUCGGUCUUAUUAGGCCGAAACAAGGCGAGGUCAUCGUUGCUUAGGAACGCUGUACAAGGUUCUUUAAGCGACAGGUCCUCCUUACAGGUCGAAGAGGUGUGUUAGAUUAUAAAUCAUUUUUUAUCAUUUUUUAAAAUAAUAUUCAUUAACUGUACUCAACGUUUGAAAUAAUGCUAGGGAAAAGUCGAGUCUAAAGUACAGGUCCUAUUCCACAGGUAAGAGUACAGGUCACUGCUCCAUCGAUAAAUUACCAAGCCACACAGAUUCCCCUCGAUCUAAUAGAGGAUUUUAUUAAGAGAUUAUGGCUUGGAUACACUUUUAAUUCCGUAAAAUUAUCUGUGUCUCAAGUGGUGACCUGUACUCUGACCCGUGCAAAAACGACCUGUAUUUUAGACCCGCAGCUUGGGAGACUUAUUUGUUUGAUACGAAGAUGUGAUCUUGUUCACAAGUAAAUUUAUCACGUUCCAUAACGAAUAAGGAAGAGUACCGGUAAUUUGCAUAAUCAACGACUAGACAGCCGCGACGCUACAGGCCCUUUAAUGAACAAGCGCAUGCAACAGCGAACUGAAUAGGUGUGUUGCUAUAAGAUCAAUUUGAUUUGGCUUUUCUCUUUUUUAGUAAUGCGUGUAGCCAACCUUACGCUGUAACAUCAUUGUCUCUUAGCGGCUGCAGGAUGAACGAUCAGUUGUAAGUGUAACAGUACAUUUUCUCCUUUUGGACGGAACACUGAUAUAUACCAACGUCUUAAAAUUAUAUUGGACCGGCAAUCAUUCCAUCUCGUCGAACAUGUGGGGAGAUAUCCAGUACGCAACUUGAAUGUACGCUCAAUCUAUAUCAAUCGUUCAAUGUCACUUGUUCACACUGAAUGAACUCGACAUCAUCUGCCUGGAAACAUUAAAAGGAGCUUGAUUUCAAAAGAGUGGCUGCCUUUCAGCGCUUUUGUAUAGUCUGAAGACACCUGGAGACGUGUUUUUCUGUUUUAGUUGAAAACCUCUUGCUGGCCCUGUAGUCUUUUUGUUAACGUAAAUAACCAUCUUAAUGCCUGCAUUAAACGUGAGGCCCUUUCUGAUGACCUAGAUAAAUAACGGCGUCAUUGUGACUUUAAUUGGAAUGACGAUACCUUUCCCGUCUUUUUGCAGGUUACCGGCACCACUGGAUACAGAGUAAGUUCCUGAUAUGCCAAUGGGCCGGCAUUGUGUAGCUAGGUGGCUUUGGCAAGAAAAGAUUAAAAAGCAAUAUCUUAUUGAAUAUGAAUGAGCUGAAGAUAGUUUUGGGCUCUGAAAUGUCUGACAUCACUAUUCGCAAAGUGAGAAAGGAAUUUUACUUUCAGUUUAUAUGGUUGAUGUAAGCUAAAGGGGAUCAUACAACUCACAUGAAACCAGGAAAACUGGAUGAGAAAUAAGAAAACAAAGCAUUGAAAAAAACUCCCCAAUAUUAAAGAUUGUAAUUCAAACGAAAGUUUAUCUAAAAGAAAAAUGUCUCGAUUUAUUAAGACAGAAUGCUAAAAGCAAUCUUUUUUUCAGUCAGUUAGGUGGGAAAGCUACAAGGGCAGGAUUCGAUUCGGCCUAACUGAAGAAAGCGAACGAGCCGAAAGAACUGGAUUUGCUACCACCCCACAAUCAUGCGCUGUUUCCCAGAAUUAACUGUAGGCUUUUAGCCAAUGAGAAGACAGAUGGUGACUACAAUGUUUAAUAAAUAUAGUUAUUUUACCUCGCUCUAGACACGAGAAAUUAGACGAACCAUGGCCUGGACAUGCCUACACCUCGCACAUCUGUCGGUUUGACGUUUUCCCUAGAUUUGACCCCGAGCGCACCAAAUUUGGUGGUAAGUAAGUUUAGCCAAAAGUUGCUCGGCAACUUUUCGUCAACUUUUGUGAUUUUCGGCAACUUUUAAAAUUCUUGCCAACUUUUCAUUUUUUUUUAUAAUUUUUAAAUUUUUUUUUUUUACUUUUUUCGCAAUUACCAAUGCCAGCUUGGUGUUGCACGCCUGUCCACGAGGUCCACGGUAUCACAUCAAACGUUUUUCAAGAUAGCGGACAACACUGUCAUUGAUGAAGGCCUAUUGGCCUAUUGAGGAAGCUAAAAUUAAGGCUGGGGGCAAAUCUCCCUACCACCGAAAAAGCUCAAAUAGCUAGAGAAGGAACCGCAAUAAACCAACUUCAUGUGCAAACAAGUAAAACUUGAACAUUUUAAGCGCUGUCUAUAUAGAGGAGGCCAAAAUCGGUAAAUGGAAUGACGACCAGAGUAGGGAAAUGACUCAAGUUUUUUUUCCUUUUUUUCUCUUUAGUUUCCUCUCAACAGAAACUCAAACAGGUAAGCUGUGGACCGUUUGCAGUUCGACUUUUCUCUAAAAAUCCGUCUAGUUCUUAUCCCAGCCAGCGCGACUGCUGACUACGCCCCCGUUUAUUGCGUGCAUGAGUUGCUCGUGGUGUAACUUUGCAACGAAAAAUAAGAGACUGUUCGUAGUCUAGGCAAGAUGAAAGAAUCUUAUUACGAUUCAGCAGCAAGUAACAUGUUUGCAUCCAUUAGAAUAGUUUUUGAAAUCAACUUAAAAAGUAGAGUUAGAGGAAAAAAUUCAAAUGUAGAUUGUAGCUGUAAAGAUGAGUACGUAAAACUAGCGGCAUCUUUGGGGAGAAAAGUACGGGGGAGCAGGGUUUAUGGGGAAAGCCAAGAGAGGGAGUUGAAAGGGAAGGGGAAAGGGAGGUUAGAAUUGAAGGUACUGAACAAGACGGAGGGGUGAGCCAAAUUUGACUUGAGGAACUAGCUACCAAAUUAAGUACGUGAGUUAUAAAAAGAACUAGUCAAAUCAUUGGAAGAGGCACUUUACCACUACACCGAUGCAAAAGAAAGGACAGACGGGCAAAACUCAAGAAGGUUUAAACGGAUUUUAGCUGUUUUUUAAAACUGUUCAGCGGCCCAGAAGUUGUUCAGAUUAUCUCUGUUGCUAGUUUCAUUGUAUUAUAAAGCUUAGAAGACUCAUUUUUUUUGUCAUAAAGCUGUGAUUGUGUCGUUUUAGAACUGAGUAGUUUCCAGAAUAUACUUAGCCUUGAAAUGAAACAAAUUAGGCUAAACUAGUGUCCUUUUUCCUGAAAACCACUUCAAUAGUGAUUUAAUUUGUGAAACUUUAAUUACCUGCUCUGCCUGAUCAGAAUGCCGCUGAUUUCGUGUAUGCUUUUCCUUAGCAACUUCUCCCUUCAACUGAGGACGCAUUGGAGAAACUGUCAUACUCAAUCUACAGCACUUCAGUGUACCAGGACACAAUAAAGGAUAGUAAACACACCCCGAAUCAAAGAGGGGAGGCGUGUGAAGUCAAUGUAGUUAGUAUUCCUAACAAGGAAAACACUAGUUUAAUUGAAGUGGAAGAUUGGGAAGUGAAAGAUCAAGAAGAGAUCAAAGGAAAAACUGAAAAUGAAGAGGAGCAGGUCGAGGUAAGCUUUAACUGGUGUCAUCCAACAGCUCGCUUCAUUUACAAAUAGUUAGAUAACGGGUAAGAAUUUCAUUCAUAAUCGACGGCUGUGUACCUAGUUUUGUAUAAGUUCAAAGAAAGUUUCCCUCGGAAAAACAACUUCAAUGCAUUUUUUGAGGACCAUUUCUUGAGCCAGGCAGGUGGCCAUCGGUGCUUCUCUCAAACGCCACAAAAAUGACAACUUCGCGAUCGAUCAAACGACAACCGGCCGAGCCAGCCCUGCGUGGGUUAGAUCUCGAUGCUUAGGUACCGGUCCGCCUCGCAGAGCUGAAAAUAUUCCAGGUGAUCGGGGUUUAUGAAACCAAGGGAAUACAUAAAUAGAGGUUAUAGCGAACCAAAUGUAAUGAGAAUCGUUUCUUGUCUCUUGGUAUCAUUCUAUACACUCUUGCCUGUUCCCAUCGUUCAGAUAGUGGAGAGCUGUGCGAAGUAAAGAAAGCGAUGAAAAGUAGAGGGGGACUCUUUAUUUUUUUAAGUGCCUUUUUACUUCGCACCGCUCCCCACUAUCUGAACGCCUGGAACAGGCUAACUCUUCUAGGAAAGGUGCCACACAAACCUUUUGAGUCAAAAUUGGCUUCGUCCUGGACUAACUCACCUGAAUUAUUAAUACAGUACUAGGCUAAUAGUCAUCUCCGUGAACCGACCAAUUUCACUGUGUAGUGGGCAGAUAAAUAUUAUAAGGAAAGCCUAUGAGAAAAACUUUAAUAAAAAUGUGAUAAUCAUGAGCCAUGCGGUGUAACUGUGUGAGAUCGUAAUGCCAAAAAAAUUUCCUUCUGUUAGUAGUAACUUUAAUUUCUUGCUUUUUCUAAAAGAGGAAAAAUGAUACAAAAAUAUCACAAUUUUUUUCUGUGGCGGGGAAACCUUGAAAAAGGACUUCCUAAGAAUCGACCUGAUAACCUGGAAGAUAACGAUGUGGAAACUCAACCACAUUUGUCAGUGGUCUGGCCCACUUGGCCAGUUGGUCUCAACGAUAUGCGCAACACCGCUAAACUUUCCCAAAAUACCACUUCCCACUUAUGCUCCGCAGGAUUUCACAAAGAUCAGUCAGAUGCCCAGCCUGAAAGAAACCACUCAAAACAUUCAAGGAGGUUCAGAAGAAUACAGCCCAAAAUGUGGCUCACAGGAAAGUACUCACGAAAAUUGGAUUAG